GAUUUUCAGAUUUAUUUGGUGUCAUCGCUCAAGGUUUUGUCAGUGUAGAAGCUUUAUUACGAGCUAGCCAAGAUGACGAUCAGUAAGAAUAACAAGAUGAUGGCUCACUUGAACUACAGGAUGAAGGUGAUCCUACAAGAUGCUCGAACUUUCGUUGGAUACUUCAAAGCCUUCGAUAAGCACAUGAAUAUCUUGCUGGCAGAUUGUGAAGAAUUUCGACAAAUCAAACCCAAGCCAGGGAAGAAGAUUGCCGAAGGCGAAGAGAAACGAACGCUUGGCCUAGUUCUACUCCGUGGUGAACAUAUCGUUUCGAUGACAGUUGACGGACCUCCACCAAAGGAUGACGAUACCGUCCGUCUUCCAAAGGCUGGUGGUAUCGCAGGACCCGGACAGUCAAAGCCUGUCGGACGUGGAAUGCCUGUUAUGCCUCCUGGGAUGCCACCAGUACCAGCAGCAGGACUCGCCGGUGCUGUUAGAGGUGUUGGAGGUCCGGCAAUGGGUGUAAUGCAACCAGGUUAUGGCGCUGGUGUCCCCCCACCCGGCAUGCCGAUGCCACCUCGUCCAGGUUACUGAAACCUCAGAUCUCACUAAACUGCGUUAGUAAGCCCUCUUUGGUUGCUGGCGAUUUUCUUACGUGUUGGAUUGAAUUUCUUUGCUGUAUUGUAUAGUAAAAAGCAUGGUACCAGUAUGUAUCAGCAGUUAUUUUUGGCUCCUUUCUGUUACUAUAUCAUGUUUUGUGGUUUGAAAAUGUUGAGAACAAUCAUUUGUGUAUCGUUAUUUUUCACUAUUCUGUUGUAAAAUAAACUCAUUGC